AAAAUUUUAUAACAAGUGACAAACAAAGAUUAGCAAGGCAAGCGACACAAUAUUUGGUAGAACAAGGGCAAUUAUUAAAGAAAAACAAAAACAAUUUUGAUAAACCGUUACGAGUAAUAACUCUGCAGGACAGAGAACGAAUUUUAUAUGAUCUACAUUCAUCCCCCUUAGGAGGACAUUUUGGAUUCAAGAAAACAAUUGAGAAAGCUCUGGAAAGAUAUUACUGGCCUACAAUGGGAAAGGACAUUAAAGCAUAUAUCGAAUCUUGUGAUAGUUGUCAGAGAUUUGGUAAUCCACGAAAGAUACAAUUAACUGAAUCUAUACCAUGGCAACAGAUUACUUCACCAAAUGACCUGAAGCACGUGCCAGGUGCUCAUUUUGUAAAUGAUACAAUUAAACUUUUAAAGGAGGAAAUAGGAUUUCAACACAAGUUGGCAUCAUUUUACCAUCCUCAAACGAAUGGAUUAACAGAAAGAUUCAAUGGAACCUUGUAUAGAUCUAUUACAAAAUGUUUACGAACUAGUCAAUCUAAUUGGGAUCAAUUGAUACCUUCAGUACUUUUUGCUUAUCAUACCUUAAAGCAUGAAUCUACAAAGUAUACUCCCUUCUAUUUGGUACAUGGAAAAGAAGAACAACUUCCUAUUGAUGUCGAGUUUAAUGAUAAGGAAAAUCAUUCUGUUUUAACUUAUGAAGAGGCUUUAGAACGAAGGAUCAGUUCUUUAAUAGGAACCUUCACUGACGCACUCAUAAUCUCCUCAAGAAAUGUAACAAGUACACAAAAGUUACAAAAGGAAAGGCAAAAACAUUUGGCUAAAGCUUACGAGUAUCACGAAAAUGAUAUCAUAUUAUUAUAUGAUUCUGCUAAAAGACAAGUUUCUCAACAAACUUCUUUAACAAUUCCUACUCACUACCGACGAACACGACCUCAAAACUUUAACAGAUAUAUUGAAGAUGCAUGCAAUGCUGAAGUUGACCUUGACCUUGAACUAUAUGAUAAAGGAGAUAUUCUAUCUCUUGUAAGUGUUGCCAUUGAUACUGCAAAAACAAAUGGACAACGACUCUUUGCGUACUCGAAAUCCUGGUCUUUAUUAUCAAAAGAUCUUGUUGAGCGACAAUUAACUAUGAAACAACUGAGACAAGAA